CAACUUCAUGCGACACGCAGAUGAAGGACCAGCACUAGUCGUGCUGCACGUCGAUGGAGCGUUUUGUUCUGCGAAAAUAUGAAUUGUGAUUCCGCGUAGACGUGUUAUUCCUACGGAGGACGUUGCUAUUUUUGUACCUAUUUUCCGCAGCUUAUCGUUUGAUUUACGACGAUCCCUAAGAUGUCUGUCUCGGAAAUGUUCAGCAACAUUCAGGUUUUCCUAUGUGCAGAUCAAGAUAUUCGAGAGGAUAUUAGGAAAGUCGUCCAAACUCUAGAACAGACUGCAAGGGAGAUUUUAACUGUGCUUCAGAGUGUCCAUCAACCAUCUGGUUUCAAAGAAAUUCCAAGCAAAUGCUUAAAGGCUCGGGAGUUGUUUUGCAUAAUAAGGGAUCAUAUCGGAGACCUGAAGACAAAGUUUCCCGUAGAGCAGUACUACAGAUUCCAUGAGCACUGGAGAUUUGUCCUGCAGCGUGUUACAUUUCUGGCAGCAUUUGUAGUUUACCUGGAGAGUGAAUCCCUGGUCACACGAGAGGAGGUGGCACAAAUUCUUGGAAUUGAAGUGGACAGAGAAAAAGGCUUUCAUCUGGAUGUUGAAGAUUACUUAGCUGGGGUGCUCAUCAUGGCCAGUGAACUUUCUAGGUUGGCAGUGAACAGUGUAACGGCAGGGGACUACAGCCGGCCACUGCGCAUCUCUAAUUUCAUCAACGAGCUGGACUCUGGCUUUCGUCUGCUAAACCUGAAGAAUGAUCCACUGCGGAAACGUUAUGAUGGUCUCAAGUAUGAUGUGAAGAAGAUUGAGGAGGUUGUGUACGAUCUGUCAAUCCGUGGUCUCACCAAGGAGCAAGAGGCUGUUACAGACAAGUAGUUUAAUGUACAGUGGGUUAGUUUAAUCAUAGGCAAGUUUUGUUGUGCAUGUUCGAAGAAGGAUGAAAGUGCAGUAUUUCUAAUGCAGGUGCUGCAUUAUUUUGACUUGUAGCCAGAAUUGUUGGAAAGCGGUCCUUUGAAAAAUCUGAAGUCCUUUUUGCUUUAUUGACCAAACCUAUGGAAUGAAUAACAUUAAGUUGGAGAGGUUACCUUGUGUAAAGUUAGUAGAUAAUGAGACAAUUUUAUAGGCUUCACAUCUUUUCUAAUAUCGAUUAGAUUGUUCUAUACAAAUACUGCCAUCAAAUGACUCAAAGCACCAUAUUAUCUAAUUUCAGAUGUGAUUUAAUAGUUGACUUGGAAAAUACCCUUCAUUUUCUGUUUUAAGAUUCAAUCAUCUUGUCCUCUACACAUACUUUGAGAUGUCAUAUAUAUAAAUGGCAGUAGAAUGCAAAACUAUGUGUAAACUUUUCCUUCUGUUUUGUUGCCUUUAUUGUUGAAAUGAUCAGUAUCUAACAAUCAUUAGAGAAAGAGCAUGUAGGGCACCCACUCCAGAUGUAAGACCCAUUUUUGGUGGCACUUGUCUGUUUUUGGUUAUAGCAUUUUUUUUCCAUGCAUGAAUCUGUUGACUAAUUGUUAGUUCAUGGUAUGUUAGGUGUCAUUCAUUUUGGUAAGCAUAGCCAAUCUAUGCAACUGUAAAAACAAAAUUAAAAUGUUUAAUUUGGGAAAAA